CAGCUGUGUCCAAUUACAGCUGAUCACAUGGGACAUGUACACAGAUCAUCAGAGCACUGAUGAUCAGUCAGUGCCACCUGUCAGUGUCCAUCAGUGCCUUGUGUCAGUGCUCAUCAGUGCCUUGUGCCAGUGCCCAUCAAUGCCACAUAUCAGUGCCUACCAGUGCACAUCAAUGCCACAUAUCAGUGCCCAUCUGAGCUGCCUUUCAGUGUUACCCAUCAGUGCCAUUCAGUGCCCCCUAUCAAUGCCAAUCAGUGCCACCUAUCAGUGCUGC